UUUUCCCCGCGGGCGGAGCUGCUGUUUUUUUUGUUUUCUCCGUCCCUAUCUUUAAUUACUAAAAAUUUUGGACAGAAAUUAGCUUUCGCAGGAGUUCCGGACACUGAUUUUAAAGCAAGUAGUAAGCAACCAGCUCAGCUCCACUCGGCACCGCUGCUCCCAGCAGCAGUUUCCAGAUAACGAUAAAAAGCAAACAAAUACAGUGGGGCAAAGUUCAGGGAACUUUGUCUUAUCCGGAGUCAGUAAGAAUCCGUUGCCAUGGUCGACAACAACAAUCUGCGUAGUGCUGUGAUCAGCGAAACGCCCCUGCUGCCCCCCACGACCAGCGCUGGCGCAGGACUGUCUGGAGGCACCCCCCCGCCGGAAGCCGUUCUGCGGACCCCAUAUGGAAACGUGCGUGCCCUGCCCGGACCUGCCCAGCCGCCACCCCUCCCCCAAUCACCGUUCCAGCAAUCCCAGUUCGGUUACGGCGGUGGAUAUGGCGGUAACAGCUACGGCCUGGGUGGUUUCGGCGGCUACAACAGCGGCUCAUUCGGAUACGGUGGCAUGGGAGGAUUCGGCAGCGGGUACGGUUUCGGCGGUGGAUAUGGAGGAGGUUUUGGAGGCGGAUACAGCCGUUUCGGGGCCCUGGGCCCCAACGAUCCGGAGCAGCGCUUUAUACAGAUGGCAGAAGCGAGCUCCCGUCCAGCCUUUCAGAGCAUAGAAUCACUGGUGUCGGCCAUCGGGAACAUUGCCUCGAUGUUAGACUCUACCUUCUUCGCCCUAACCAGCUCGUUCCGUGCGAUUCUCGGUGUAGCGGCUAACUUCGGACGACUGCGAAGUGUGUUUGCCCAGUUCUGGACUACUUUCGCUAUCUUCCGAGGCCUCAACUGGAUUUACAGAAAGAUUCUAUACUGGCUGAGAAUCUCCAACCUGGACCCCUCAUCUGCGGCCUUUAAAAAAGCGUUUGCCGAGGCGCUUAACGAAAACAACUCCCAGUCCGGGGGAGCGCCCAAUGUACCGCGAAAAGGAACCUCUCCCUGGCCUGUGCUGGCUUUUCUGAGCUUCAUCUUCACAGCUCCUUAUUUGAUCAUGAAGCUGCUGGGCACAGUGACAAAUACCGCCCAGGAGGAAGCCCGUAAUCCAGCCAAGUGGGUCGCUCCGAUUCAGACUCAGGCUAUUUACGACUUUUUGCCUCGCGGCCAAAGUGAGCUCUCGUUGCGCGCCGGACAGACGCUUCAAGUGGCUCCACGCGAGAUCCAACAGACACUCAACCUGCUCAACUCUGGCUGGGCCCUGGCCACCACAAAUGGCCAAACCUCAGGCAUUAUUCCAAUCAACUAUGUGAAGUCGCCACAGCAAAUGCGGCAGGAGCUCCAGGGUCAGGCAAAAGUAAACCAGCCGCAGCCUGGUCUGAUGGAUUUAUCCUCAGGUGCCUUCCCUGCUCCGCCAAUGGAUAGCCAAAUGAAUUAUGACUUCAAUCUGGCCGCCCAGCAACAGGAGCCCUUGGGUCCACCCUCCACGACAGAUGCGGUGCUUGAGGAGGGAUUCGCCUAAUCUGAUUACAUCCCAGGGAUCAUAGUUUUAAGUUUAGUUACGUUUUGGUUCAGUUGUAUGCGCUUGUAUUUUAAGUUAGCCUUCUCCUGUUUGUACAUUUCCAUUUAGUUGUUACUGUCAAUCAUUCAGCAGAUCCCAAUGAACUUAAGUAAACAUAAA